AUGCAACUCGCUCUUUUACUAUCUGCGAUAUCCCUCUAUGCGGGAGCGACUUCGGCAACUGAAGUAAUGCACCGACCGGCAGACUUCAACUACAAGUACAAUCCCAAUACCUCUGUCAAACUUGGCCUAUCUCUCGACUUGAACCUGGGGAACGGGUGUACUUUUGAGAAGGGGGGCAAGGUCAACAUCGCUUACUUUACCAACUGGGGCAUUUACGGGCGGAAAUUCACUCCGCUCGACAUCAACAUCGACUCGCUGACGCAUAUCUACUAUGCCUUUGCCGAUACCGACCCUGAGACAGGUCGCGCCUCGUUGACGGAUCUCUGGGCAGACCAGCAGAUUACAUAUCCUGGCGAUGACAACACCGCCGCCGGAAACAACCUCUACGGAAACCUCAAGCAACUCUACCUUCUCAAGCAGAAGAAGCGUUCUCUCAAGACCAUUCUCUCCUUCGGAGGCUGGACCUACUCCCAGGCCGGACACUUCAACUUUGCGACAAACGCGACGAGCCGUGCCACGUUUGUCAAGACUGCGAUCCAGCUGCUUGAAGACAAUGGCUUUGAUGGACUUGACAUCGAUUGGGAAUACCCAGCUGCGGGAGAACAGGCCGAUGCGUUUGUCGCGCUCCUGAAGGAGACUCGCGCCGGACUGGAUGCUCAUGCCAAGAGCAAGGGCGAUACCGUUCCCUACCAGCUCAACGCCGCUGUUCCCGCUGGUGCGCAAAACUACCAGAACCUCAAGGUCAAAGACAUGGACAAGUACCUCAACUACUGGACUUUGAUGGGAUACGACUACUCGGGCUCUUGGUCUUCUGUCAGCGAUUAUCAAGCCAACGUCUACGGAGGCGCCAUCUCGGGUGUAUCGACCAGCGCAAGCACGGAAUGGUACCUCAAGAACGGAGCGAGCAGGAACAAGUUUGCGAUCGGUAUGCCCAUUUACGGCCGCGGUUUCGAAAACACGGAUGGGAUCUUCAAGCCUUUUAACGGAACUGGACCUGGUACUUGGGAGGCUGGUGUCUAUGAUUACAAGGCUCUUCCGUUCCCCAAUGCGACCGUGUACAACGAUAUGAAGAACAUCUCGAGCUACAGCUACGAUCCUAUCAAGAAGGAGCUGAUUUCGUACGAUACGCCCGUCGUCGCGGCUGCCAAGGCCAAGUGGGUGUCCAAGCAAGGACUCGCCGGAGCCAUGUUCUGGGAGCUCUCUGCGGACAAGAACGGUACAGACAGUCUCGUGUGGACUGUAGCCAAGACCAUGGCCAAGCUCGACAACACCCAGAACCACUUGAACUACCCCGGUUCGCAGUUUGACAAUGUCAAGGCGGGCAUGAAGACUGUUUCGAAGCGCGGACACAAGGUCAAGGCCAAGUACUUUUAA